AUGCUCUUUAACAUACCGAACAACCGCCCGAUGGCGGUGACUACCAUGACUCGGUUGGACUAUGGCCAUGCGCCUUAUCUCACCCAAAGUCUCUCCGACCGCAGCAAAAGGGCCGUUAAACGUCACUUCUUGACGACCCACUCAACCAGGAAUACUGGCUGCCAUGGCGUAUUCGGUGUGCCAGUUCUUCCACCCAUAGUUGCGAACAACAAUAUACGUGGUGCGCUUGGUGCCCAAGCUCUCAACCUGCCAUUGAUUCCCAAAAAAAGCGAUGCCAUGGUAACUCUCCGCCAGGACGUACAUACCCAGCACUUUCAUUACGAUUCCAACCAUGUCAAGGUCAUCAUGGGGCCCACCAUAGUCAAUUCUUGGGACUACUCAACGUACUCUGCCCAAAUGGAUUGCCCCGGUGGACACCUCGACAUUGAAUUACGUGAAAUGACUGCUGACCCCGAUGUUACCCCCGCUGAAUCUGCUGGCCAAUACCAGCGGCUCGUUCAGCAGGAUUAUUACGCCGCUACCCUGUUGGAACUGUUCAAGAACAAGAUGAAGAGGCACGCGCCUCACCUUACCGUUCCGGAGGCCAACCUUGUGGCAAUGACUCGGUUUGUCAAAAGCCAUGUCCUAUGCCGCCGUGACGCAAACACUCGUAAUGAUAAGACUUACCUGUUGCAAGCCCCAAUCAAUGUUCUCCACCUGCGCACCGCCACUUCAACAACCAGCUUUGAACCUCCAGAGCAUGAAGGCAACAGUCCCAUGGAAGAUUUCUUGUAUGCCUUUACACACUUUACGUAUGAACACCACAAUCGCCGCGCUCUACUGUAUGGAUUCCAAGCCACUGAAAACACCAUAUAUUCGUCAGUCCUGCUGGAUAGAGAUUUCAAAUGGCAUGCAGAACGAUCCUCGACCCCCCUAAAGUAUUUUGCAGAAGAGCAUGAAUGUCAUAGCCUUUGCAAGCGACUGGGGCUUAAAGCGCCUGUGUUACCUUGCAUCAAUGGCUUGCACAUACAGUAG